GUUCAGCCACACUUGUGUGUAUCCCUGCCCACCUUCCUUUACUGUGGGUUUUUUUGCUGUCUGGCUCUAUAAAAAUUAGUGGUCUGACUUCCAUAUAGUGGAGGCAUAUGGCGAUGAUAACCAGGCAUGCCUUGAAUUCAGAGAUAUAGUCAAAGCUGCACAUAUGUAGACCAUUUUACUGUUGCCAAAGUGAAGACUUACUUGUGCUUAUUUGUUCCUUCAUAAGUAAUUUCUUUUUUUAUUGCCUAUUAAUUUUACUUCAGCAUGUGAUACAAGUUAUAAAAUGCCACAGCUAGGUGUAGCUCUACUAAUUAGAGGAAGAAGAACCACUGACAGGCAGGAUUCAGUGCCUUGAGGUUCUUAUUUCUUCUUUCCAGAAUAGAGCUAGGCAGAAUAUCCUAAAGCUAGAACUCAGCCUCUUGAGAGCAAGUUUUAUUUCUCUCUUCUGGGUCUUUUCCUUCUAUUCUCUCAACAGUAAUCUUCCAUAUAGGAGUGGGUGUUUAACUAAUGAUCCAACCUUAACUCUCUUUCCCUCAUUAUUUCUGAAGGACUUGAUAAAUCUAGUUCUAUGCUUAUGUCUAAAAGCUAUCUCCAUCCAAAACUAUACAAUCAGGCAAACUAGCUUAGCUGCUCUCAAAGAAGAAUUCAGUUGACUUCAUUUUACCUGAUUAAAAUGUGGAUUUCAAUAGGCACAAUCUGUUUUAGCACUUUUGCAAGUAUUCUGCAAAAUCCCUGCAGGCUUAAUAGUUUUCCCCUUGACCCUUUUUCAGAAUGGACACACAAGCCACUCUUUCAGUGGUUACAUUUCUUAAAUAACCAUGGCUUGCUAAACAAACUCUUCCUCUGAUAUGUAUUUCUACUCAGAACCACUUGAAACUUUCACAGCAACACCUUUGUUCCCUUGCAUCAAAUGUUCCCUAACUGUGGCCAGAUAAGUUGCUUACAGAGGAGAACAGGUAUAGCUGACAGUUCUUUCCCAUUUGAGCUCCCUUAUCUCUGUUGAUUUACCUGACCAAUGCUACAUGCAAUUCACAAACCAUCUGGUAAGAAGCUAGGUCUAAUUUUGCUGAGAUUAGCUAGUUCCAUAAAGGCCUUCCUACUGGUUAAAUGGAAAUUGAGGCUUUCAGGAUGAAAUUCUCUCUUUAAGAUCUAGGAAUUUGUUCUCCUGGGUUAAGAGUGAGUUAAGGAUCUAUAUCCAUUACUCAGUGAGUGGCAAGCUGGUUGAGUCAGUCUAGUUAUCAGCUUAGCAGGAGGAAGGGAAAGUAGGAGUGAGAGCAAAACUCUGCAAGUACAUUUCAAGUAAUGGGUAAAGCAUCAGCUAUUACUAAGGCAAAUCAGGAACUGGCUAUUGGGAAUAACAAUCUUCUGAUGCCAGGGGCUAUGCAGUGCUUCAGCACUUGUAUCUGCAUACAAAUUGUGUCUCAAAUGCUGGAUAAAAAGCGUGGGUUGAUCUGUAGCAGCUGCCUAGAUAUAGGGGGAAUUAGAGGAGAGCCCAAUUAUUUAAUCACCUAAACAAUUUAUUGACUUCAUCUUUUAUCCUAAAAUUGGAGGGACUAAUUGCAGCCAUUGCAGUAUUCCAGACAGAAGAAUGAUAGAAUGGUUUCUGUAGCAGAUGUGAUUUCCAGUUUUUUCUGGAUUGGUUUAGAUCUUCAUAACUCUAUAAAGCUGCUCUGAGUGCUUCUGUUUGGUGAGAGUGAAUGCCUCAGCCAUGUUGGAAGAACACAUGGUGACUAUAAAUUUUUUUAAAAAAUAUGUGUCUCAGAGGCAAAAGGAUCACAUGUCAUAGAGGUAAGGUCCUAAAAGUCCAUAGUUUCUUAUCAAUUUGCAGUGUUUUUGAAGACCUGAAGGUUACUUUAUUACCAUUAAGACAAGCCCAUCGGGGGGUUUGCUUGAGGUUCUAUUAUGUUUUACUGGAACAGUCUGUCUGCAGCCUGAGGAAAUUACUUGGUUUUACCUGUUGGAUAGUGUAACCUCUGACUUUUGCUGGUUAGAAAAACAUUAAUAAUAUCUACAGGCAUCUUUUGGGUGUUUUGGUGUCAUUCUCAUGGGUGUUUGGAACAGAUCCUAGCAAAUGUUUCUUGUAUUCUCUGCUAUGCUAUUUUGGAGAUGCAGCUGGCAAUGCUGAACAAGAAUAGAUCAAAACACUUGAGGUUCUGUAAAUAGCAUUAAAAGGUAAAAGAAGCUAAAGAUUGACAGAUUAAAACAUGUUGGUGUAAGUACAGCCCAUUGGUGUAGAUCAGUGUGGCCCAUGCUGAGGAAUUACUGAUGUGAGGGUUCAUCACCUCCUGGCUGUAACUUCAUGCUGUGUAGUCUGACGCUGAGUCAGACUUGCCAUAUGAUCACCCCUUACACUUUCAGGCUUUGUCAGGCUUUAGUGUUCAGCAGAACUCAGAUGGACUAACAGCUCUAAUUUCUUCUUCAAAGUAAAAUAUUAUGUCUAUCUUCUAACUGUUAUUUGGAUUUUUAAGCCCACGGUGAACAUAACUGGCCACAGUCUCAUCAUGUCUACUGAAGCUGAAACUACUGCUACCAACAGCCAGCCUGAGCAACAAGCUCCACCAAAGGCACAGUCUUCAAAGAAAGAAAAAAAGAAAGGGCCAGAAAAAACAGAUGAAUCCCUCUUGGCUAGAUUCAAAGGUGAUGGUGUAAAAUACAAGGCUAAGCUGAUUGGCAUAGAUGAUGUUCCUGAGGCAAGAGGAGACAAAAUGAGUCAGGAUUCAAUGAUGAAGCUGAAGGGAAUGGCAGCAGCAGCCCGUUCCCAGGGUCAACACAAACAGAAGAUCUGGGUAAACAUCUCCCUCUCUGGUAUCAAGAUAAUAGACGAAAAAAGUGGGGUUAUAGAGCAUGAGCAUCCAGUAAACAAAAUCUCCUUUAUUGCUCGGGAUGUAACAGAUAAUCGUGCCUUUGGCUAUGUAUGUGGAGGAGAAGGCCAGCACCAAUUUUUUGCCAUAAAAACAGCCCAGCAGGCUGAGCCUCUGGUUUCUGAUCUUAAGGAUCUCUUUCAACUGAUUUAUAAUAUGAAGAAGAAGGAGGAAGAAGAAAAGAAAAAGAGUGAAGAAGCAAGUAAGACUGAGAAUGGUGGUGAAGAACAGCCUGCUGAUCAAGCUGACAAAAUGAAACUGGGAGUUGACCAGAUGGAUUUGUUUGGGGAUAUGUCAACACCCCCUGAUAUGAGCAGUCCCACAGAAACUAAAGAGAUUCUGUUAGUGGAUUUUAAUUCUGAAAUUGAGACCAAACAAACCUUUGCAAAAGAGGAUCUCUUCUUGAAUGGCAUCACAGCCUCUCUUCCACAACCAAAGGCACAGACACCCUUCUUGCCUGAGAGUUCUUUCUCUACCAAUCUCAGCUUCUUUCCUACACCUAAUCCAGACCCUUUCCGUGAUGAUCCUUUCACACAGCCAGCCCAAUCUGCACCACCUUCAUUUGAUUCUCUAAAAUCUGAUCAGAAGAAAAGUCUGAGUACCUUGUCAUCAGUGGGUAGUGGUGCUUCAGAUGGUGAUACUGACUACUUUGAUAAACAGUUUGACCAGAUUUCUAAUAGAACUGGCAAACGAGAGGCACUAACAUGCCAGUGGCCAGUUAAGAGUAAGUCACCUGCAGGAAGAAUUCCCAAUGAGAUACCAGAGAGAGAACAGAAUGGCUUUCUCGAAGUCCCAACAAACCUGUUUGUGGAAGUUACUUCCAAAGGAACAUCUCUGCAGAAUGGAGUAAAGCUGGAUUCUGAAAACAAUGUCCAAUCACCACAUGAGACUAUAACAAUUAGCCCACCACCACAGAGUACCAAGCCAGGAAGAGGAAGGAGAUCUGUCAAGACUGCAUCAAAUUACUUAUUCAGCACAGACUUCUCUGUGCCACCUACGGAGAGUCCUAUCAUGAGCUCAGGAGUUCUGCCAGCUGAUCUAUUCGACUACUCAUCAAGUUUUAACUCAUCUCCAUUGGAUGGUCUAGGUUGCAUGCCAGUAACUUCAUCAUGGACCCCACAGUCAUUUUCCAUCAGUCAGGCUUCACCACUCUUUCAUGGGUCUGUGAUGACUACUCAGUCUCCAGGACUUUCUCAAUCGUUUGCCUUUGGUGCUCAACCAGUGCCAGGCUGGAGCCAAUCUUCAUCUUUUGGUUCCACAUCCACUCCGUCUUCUGGCAUGUGGUCACAGUCAGCACAAGUUUCAUCCAGUUCUUGGGCAAGCAGUGCUGCCAGUCCCUUCCAGGGCAGUUUGUUCCCAUCUCCAGCAGCUCAGACAGCCGCGGCACUGCCCUCCGUGUCCACACCAGCCAGCCCGCCGCAGCCGCCACCCAGAACCACGCAGCAGAAGGAGCUGUCCAAAAAAGAGAGCGAUGCGUUCAUUGCUCUGGAUCCGCUUGGGGAUAAAGAAAUUAAGGAUGUCAAGGAAAUGUUCAAAGACUUCCAGCUGACAAAGCCACCUGCAGUACCAGUGAGGAGAGGAGAACAGCAAAGCCUUUCAGAGCCACCAAAGCCUGUUCCUCGACAAUGUGCGCUGCCAGCCAAUGGCCUGUUUGAAAAUCAAGAUAAAACAAACCCUUUCAGUGCCUCAUCUAAGGAAUCUCAGAAUCCACCUUCUGAUUUUGGUGAUCAAUUUGGAAAUCCAUUUGCAUAGAUCAGGUGUAACCAGAAAAGGGCAAAUGGAAAAACUGGACCUCUCCUCAACGUGAUUUUUCUACAAGUUUCACUUUUCUAUCUGCUAUUCUUGCUGUUGUUUCAUGUUGUCUGCAAUCUAAAAUAUAUCCAGCUGGAUUGAAGCAUGGACCCUCAAAGAACAUGCUGUGAAGAUAUUUCAGGGCAAAGCAAAUGGGGAUAUUGACUCGCGCUGAAAACCCAAAUUCAAAUUGGUGGAUGUUACCUUUACUUUUGUUCUUUGCACUCCGUUACGUAGAGGUUGGGAGCAUUGAGUAAUGUGUCUUGCACCAUUUCCCUUCAGAUAGCACUUACUGUCCCAAAAUAAAGGAACUUAAUGUACCUAGGGGACAGGUGUUGCUUUUGCUUAAGGGUGUUGAAUUAGUAGCUAAAACUCCACCCCUAAAACAGCUAGGCUAGUUGCCUGUUAUGACAGCAGCAGCCAGAUGUAAAAGGGAUGCUACUCAGUUCUCAUUGGUGACUGGACAUUUGACUUGGUCUCUUAGCCACAAAAAUGUAACUAUGUGCAGAGGGAAGUAAUCUAAUAUUAGUCUAUUUAACUAGAAGUAAAAGUAUCAUUCUGCCAUAAAUGUGUCAUUAAGGGACUGCGGGGUCUGUAACAGCACUGCUGAAGCCCUGAAUACUAAAGGCCUACACUGUAAGCUCAAAAACUUCUUGCAGAGCAUUUAGGUAGUUGUGGACACUAACUGUUGUCUUGGUGCUAAUAUGGCAGUUUUCAGGGAGGGAAGCCUACUAGGAUUACUUUUCUGUUAGGAUGGCUUGGCAAAUGAAUGAAACAAGCAGGUGGGGUUCUUGCUUGUAUCUCAGUGAAUCCCUGAUGUGCUCAGUUUGAUUUGUCACAAGGUGUAAUGGGGUAUGUUUCCAGCAUGCUAGGAAACAAAAACACCAAAAUGGCUUCACUCCAUUCCUAGGUUCCUUGUGAACAGAGCAGCACCUCUGUGCCAUUAAUGAGGUAGUACUCUAUCUCUUGGAAAAUAUGCCAUUUCUCAAGAGUCUCUUUACUAACAGGUUUUUGAACCAGUAACAACUGCCUGUAACAGCUACAUUCUUGGCCAGGGGUGAUGAUUGAUAUGUCAGAAGUUUUUCUGUUAAGGAUAAACUUGAAAUGUUAUUGUUAAAUCAAGUGCCUAAGCCAUUGCUAAACUGGAGAGCAAAGAAAGUCAACUUGAAUACAGCCUUAGUACCCAAUUCUGCCAGUCAUGCAAUUAGUCUUGUAUACGAAUUUCUCUUGCACUUUCUGUAAUGCAAAUAAAAAAUUUUAAAAAAUAAAAUCACAAGUUUAAGUAUUUGUCUCAAACUGGAAAUGUAGAAACUUAUUGAUGUUACAAUGUUAUAUAAAACUGUAGUAUCUGAUACUUAAUGACAUUAAAAAGAAGCAACUCUUCAUACCAAAUGAA